AUGCAAGAAUCCAAGAACAGCCAAUUCGCUUCUAGUAUUAUGAAUGAAGAAGAGAAAGAAGAAGAAGAAGAAAAACAUGAUAGAUUUGACAGUUUACCCGAUGAUCUAAUUCAUCUCAUCCUCUUCUAUUUCAAUGACACGAGAGAUGUAGUGAGAAAAUUUAUUCUCAUCUCUAAGCGAUGGUUAAAACUCUGUAAAUCUCUCCCCUUUCUUAUAUUUUACAGAGCUUCUUUUCCUCAAGAUGAGGAGUUGCAUGAUCAGAAUUUUAUCGACUUUGUGGACAUGGUCCUCCUUCAUCAUCAGGAUUCCCCUAUUUUCAGUUUCACUUUGCAUUGGUUCUACUCUUCUGAUGAUGAUGCGGUUAUCAGAAAUACUAAUAGGUGGAUUCAUGCUGCCCUGCAGCGCGAUGUUCAAGAAUUAGUUAUAAAUACAGGGCAGAAUGAACACUUCACAUACAACAUUCCAUACAAACUCUUGAAUGCGAAGCAAUUGAGGAAGUUAAGAGUUAACUUCUUUUGCGUUUCUGGGUAUUCCCAUAUUGUUCUGCCAGAUAGAAUCCAUUUGCCAAAUCUUAAGUAUCUCUGGCUUGCUGGUUUGUCGAUUUCUGAUGAAUCACUAACAAAGAAACUGUUGUCGAGCUGUCCCUUGCUUGAAACUUUAGAGCUGCAUGACUGUGAUAUGCGCACAGAUAACAAAAGAACUUUGACAGUGGAUUGCCCAAACCUUCAGAGGUUUGAAUUUGUUCAUCUCUUUCCGCAUGUGUUGUCGUUAAACAACACAAUGGCCAGAGUACUAAGGUUAACAGCGCCGAAUCUCCAAAAGUUUACUUGUCGAUCUUUCUUCGGACAAGCUUAUUGUUUAGAAAAUUGUUCUCCUCUGUCAGAUGUUAGUUUCGAAAUGGUAUUAGAAGACGAGGAUGAUGCGAGCUAUAAAGCAUUGACAAGUUUGCCCGUGGAGAUAAAGAAAGUGUAUGUGAAAAGGGUGAUGCAGUUUAUAAGAACAGUUUGCAAGGUCAAAAGCAUGACAUUGUCUUCGGGAAUCCUUGAGGUUCUGUCUCUAGCUCUUGACAUGCCUGAUUUGCAACCACCUGGCUUGUGUAAUCUUCAAUGUUUGAAGAUUGAAAUGGCGUUCACAAAAAGUAGCUUGCGGGCAUUAGCCUACUUACUCAAGAUCACUCCCAUCGUCGAUUCAGUUUUCCUUGUAUCGGAGGAGUCGAACCUAGAAGAUGCUGGAGAUGAGUGGGGAGAAGGAAUGGUAUUGCCACGAAUGCUGUCUCACCUCAAGUUUAUUCAAAUUGAAGGAAUGGAAGGAUGUGAUAAUGAGCUCAGAGCUCUGCAAUAUUUGCUACGAAAUGCAAAGGUUUUGAUGGAAGUUCAGCUUGUUUUCUGCUCUUUUGUUGGUGCACCUGAAGUAGAGCAAUUUGUGGAAAAGGUAAGAGGACUUCCUACAACAUCUUCAAAUAUGACAAUCACGAAGAAGCAAGAUUUCGAGGAAGGUCAAAUGUUUGGGGCAGAAUGA